GGCCGAUCUCGCUGUUGAGAUCAGAUCGUGCCCCUAAUCUAUCUCCUCCCACUAUUCUUUUUCACCCUGUAGUUCGAGUUUUGUACACUCACAGUACUGCAACCCAUGGAGGAAAAAGACCGCGACAGAAAAGACCAUUCGAGCUCCGAUGGCACCUACGUGGGCGAGCCCACCGUCUCGCCCAGCGGCCACCUCAAGGUCGACACCAACCUCCACGAUGUCGAGCCAGGCCCCAUGAGCACGGCCUCGUCGCGACGAGAGCAGGCCACCCGCUUCGACGACGACCUGCAGCUCAUGCAAGCCGAGCGCGUGGCGUCUCAAUCCACCCAAGCCCAAAGCCAGCACGGGCGCACCUCCAUGAGCCGAACGCGAUCGCACCGCAGCCACAUCGACGAGUUCGACGAGGCCACGAACCCCCUGCACGAGAAAUCCGCCGUGUACACGCCGCCCGAGAGUCCCGCGACGAAGCUCUCCGCGUUCGUCAAGAAGGUGCACGAGUCCAGCUUCAUCGUGCGCUACCUCACCUACAUCGUCCCCGUCGUCCUGCUCCUCCUGAUCCCGCUGCUGGUCGGCGCGCUGGAAUACACCGAGGCCAGCGUCGGCGGCGUGGAGCUGAUGUGGUUCGCGAUCUGGCUGGAGAUUGUCUGGCUGACGCUGUGGGCUGCGAGAGUUGUGGGCAAGUGUAUACCGCCGGUGGUGAGCAUCGUGGCGAGCAUUUUCACCAACAACGCGAAGAAGUGGCGCGACAUGGCCAAGCAGCUCGAGGUGCACUUUGUGCUGUUCUUCUGGUGGCUCGCCGUUGAGAUUUCCUUCCUGCCUACAAUGAAGAACCACCAUGGGACGCUGAACAAGCUCAUCAUCGUGGGCCUGGUGUGGACGAUCCUCAACUUGGUUGAGAAAGUCAUUAUCCAGCUUAUUGCGAUCAGCUUCCAUCAGCGGACGUACGACGACCGCAUCCAGAUCAACAAGUUCCAGAUUGGCAGCUUGACGAAGCUAUAUCACUUCUCGCGGAGCCGCAUCACGGAAGAGGACGACGCGUUCGAGCAGAACAACAACGAGAAGGCGUCCGACAGCCCCAGAAACCCGCUGCAGUAUGCCAGCAAGGCUGGCAAGGUCGCCCAGAAGGCCGUCAAGACCGUUGGCAACAAGGUGGGCGAUGUCGCUGGGGGCGUCCUUGCAGACUUCACCGGCAGGCAGGGGAAGAACAGCGGAGACCCAUACCAGGUCAUUCUGGCCCUGCUGCGGUCGACCUCUGGCUGCCAGGUGCUUGCUCGUCGUCUGUAUCGGACGUUUGCGCGCGAGGGCUUUGAAACCGUCUUCUCGGGCGACCUGAAGGAGGCCUUCGACGACAACGAGGAGGCAGAGGCGGCGUUCUCCAUGUUCGACCGGGACAUGAACGGCGAUAUCUCCAUGGAAGAGCUCGAGGCUGUCUGUGUUGAUAUCGGCCGUGAGCGCAAGUCCAUCACUGCCUCGCUGAAGGACCUGGACUCGGUGGUCUCUAAACUGGACCAGGUGUUCAUGUUCUUCGUCUUUAUUAUCAUUGUUAUUGUCUUCCUCACCUUGAUAUCAACCUCCGCAGCAGGAGUCUUGACAUCAGCCGGCUCAACCAUCCUCGCCCUCUCCUGGAUGUUCUCUACAACUGCCACUGAAUUCCUCCAGUCCAUCAUCUUCGUCUUCGUCAAGCACCCCUUCGACGUCGGCGACCGCGUCACCAUCUACGGCAACUCCGGCGACAACGGCCUCGGCGACGACUACUUCGUAAAGGAAAUCGCCCUGCUCUACACCGAGUUCAAGAAAAUGCAAGGCCACAUCGUGCAGGCCCCCAAUAGCGUGCUGAACAACCUCUUCGUCCUAAACCAGCGCCGCACCGGCGCCCUGGCCGAAGCCCUCCCCAUCGUCAUCAAAUACGGCACCACCAUCGACCAGAUGGAGCGCCUCCGCCAGCGCCUCGUCGAGUUCGUGCGCAGCGAGAAGCGCGACUUCCAGAGUAUGAUCCUUACCGAGCUCCGCGAGGUGACGGAGAACCUAUCUCUGACGCUGAACAUCGUCUUCUUCUACAAAUCCAACUGGCAGAACGAGGGACUGCGUCUGCAGCGCCGCAACAAGUUCAUCUGCAUGCUCAUGGUCGCGCUCCAGGAAAUCGGCAUCGAGGGCCCUCGCAUGAACCUCCAGGGUUACAACGUCAAUGCGCCGUUCCAUGUUGCGUACUCUGGCGCACCGGCUUCUGGUGCUCCCCCGCCUACAUACCAGGAUCAGGAUCAGGACCGCGACCCUGCAGCAGCUGGAGACGACCAGCAUGCUGGACCGGGCGUCCGUAUUGAUGAAUCAACGAGUAUCCCCGAGAACAGCGGCACAAGCAGCGGCGUGCAGCCCCGGCCUUCCAUCCUCCGGCGGGGCAUGGACACCGCCGCAGCCCGGUCCCGUGGCGAAUCUGUCAGCAAGCACAAGCACGUCGAUUUCUCGCUAGGCAUGUCGGAUAUCUCCUCGAACGAUAUCAUGGGCGAUGUCUUCGAGGACCGCGGCAGUACCUCGCAUGUGGACGAGGUCAUGCGCAAUGCGAACCAGCAGGCUGCGGACCGCCGCAUGCAGGAGAUUGCCGAGGAGGAGCGCAAUUCUACGCAGGAGGGCAGGUCGUCUGCUGAUGGGCGCAGUGUGCGUAGUGGGACAUCGUCUGCGAGACAUCGGUUUGGGAGGCGGAGGGGGAGUGUUAGUCGUGAGCGUGGAGGGGAUCUAGAGGCUGGGUCUGCGAGGAGUGUACGCGAGUAGAUAUUAAUUGCAGUUUCA